AUGUCUGCUGAGAGUCGCACACUGGGCGCGGCCCAGGUGGAGCCUGUUAGCUGUCGCAUAUGCCGCGACCGCAAAGUCAAAUGUGACCGCACCCUCGGCGGGUGCCUUCGAUGCCGCCGAUAUGGCGAGGAAUGUGUAUAUUCAUCCGGCAAUGCCCUCAAUAGCAAUGGGAGCAGCGAGGAGAGGACCGAGGCUGGGCUUAAGAGGCGACGCGUACUACGCUCAUGCAUUAACUGCAGGAGAGCCAAGACCAAAUGCGCUGGCGAAGCUCCCUGCGAGCAAUGCGAGCGAAAGGGCCUCGGCUGCACAUAUACUGAAGCAGGCGUGCCUGCUCCUCCUCCCUCUUCUUCCUCUACCCACAGCGAGCAAUCCAUUCGGAAAAAGACAUCAUCGGUCAUUCCCGCAUGGCUCACAUCAAACAAUUUGCCGGCGAUUGAUCGGCUCCGCGAUCUGAUUGAUUUAUACUUUCUACGCGUGCAUACUGUGCGCUGCUUUGGGUUCAUCCAUAUUCCAACGUUCAUGAAGCGAUUGAAAUCACCCGAGAAACUGACCCAGGAGAGAUCUGGGCUCGUGUAUAUUAUGUGCGCUUUAGCGGCGCCUUUUUACUACUCGGAGAAGCUCUGUACCAGCACAGAUGGCGUCAAGAGCAAUGUGCAGUACUUUGAUGCAGGCCGAGGCUGGGCCGAGGCUGCGAGGCACUGUCUCUUCACAGGGUUUGGAGACAUGGGCAUCGAGAGCAUAAUGACUGAGGUCUUGCUCCACGAAUACUAUCUUCGGGCGGGAGAGUAUGCGAAGGGGUUUAUGGUCUCUGGACAGAUCACUCGACAUCUGCAAGUUGUUCAGCUGAACAUGGAGCGGGACUCGGACGUGUUAUGUCAUCAGAGUCCGGCCUCCUGUCACAUCAAAGAGAGUAGGAGGAGGCUUGCGUGGGCCUGCUAUCUACUAGAUUCGUUGAUUGAAUGUGGGAUCGAUCAACUUCGCCUGAUCCCGUACCACGAUAUUCAGGUUCAGCUUCCUUGCGCAGAAGAGCUUUUCAUCACAAAUAGCCCUUGUAUUACCGAGAUGCUGCCUCGAGGCAAGCUGCUCCCAGGUAUUACCCCAGUUCCUGGAAUCGACUUUUCGGCACAUCUCGACCUCCGGGCUUACUACCUCCGCGCUACGAGUAUUCGAUCCAAACUUCUCAAAUAUGUGAAGCACUUAGAAGGAGAAGUGCCGUGGGCGGAGGAUCACAACUCACAAUUUUUCCAGCUUGACCACGAGCUGAAAGAUCUCGAGGCGUCGAUCCCAGAAAACAUGAGGAUCUCAGCCGAGAGUAUGUACUUGUUCAAAGGGACAGGGAGGUUGAAUUUGUACUUCGGGCUACACAUUCUGAUAUCGCAAAAUUUCCACGAUCUAUAUCGUGUCGGGGUUUCCAACCUCGUCUUCCCAAACACCGCGACAAGUUGGAUUCGCGAAAACGCUCCGGAAGACUUCAUCCGUCGUUGUCACCUUGUAUGCGCCACUAAAUCCGCCUACAUCGCCUCUCUGUUAAGCGAUCUGUGGAAUUGCCACAAACCCAGCCUUGUUGACUGGCCAUAUGCAAUGCACGCACAAGUCUGCAGCAGUGUCAUCGUCACGACUCUCAUCUCAUGGGGUCGCCCGGAACCUCUCAUUCCGCAAUGUUUGUAUCUCGAUUACCAAGCCAUGCUGCAGAAGAACGUAAUGAUUUUGCAGUACCUUCAGCGUUUCAUGAAGGUCAGCAUGUACUGCGAAUCAGCCGUCCAGGCCCUGAAACGGUUCAACGCGCUAUUCGUUCCAGACUCUCCUGAUUUUGCAAAUUCGUCAACAAACGCCCUGCUGUCUGUCAAUCAAUGCAAUACGUCAAAUCCAUCUUCACUCGAAUAUAUCCUGAACCCAUUGGGUACAUAUCCGAUGGCUAGGAAGCAGGCACAAACCCAGGAUAUAUCCACACCGGAUGAAACAGAGGAUGAGACACCAGCGCCACAGAUGGCUAAAGUGGAGGGCCCAGUGAUUCCGCCUGCCAUCAAUAUAGGUGCCUAUCCAAGUCCGGGUGACAUCUUUUCUGGUCAGUUCUUGGAUUGGGAGACGGAUAUGUCUAUUUUACCGGGGUUGGGUUAUCCCACAUUCCUCGAUCAAUUUCCUAUUGAAACGCCGAGGGACAUGAACUUGCCUUGA